AUGUUUAAUACAAAGAUUUUUGACAGUGGCUCUAGCACAGGGUCUGCUACAGCUACGGCGGUGAAUAUCCCACUAAACCACAAUACAUCCGACACAGGAGGGCCAAACACAACAUUUGGUCAACUGCAACAGCAGCAGCAUCAACAUCACCAUUAUCAGCAGCAACAACAGCCGCCACAACAACAACAGCAACAGCAACAGCACAAUAAUGAUCACCCACAGCCGAUAGAUAUCACAUUCAACCACCGACCAUCUAUUUUUAACAACUCUAGGUUCAGAAGGGAAUCAGUAGCACAUUCACAAGGAAUGGGUGGAAUUUCUUGGGGGUCAGUAACGAUAGGGUCUUGGUUAAAGGAUGAAGUAAUGUCGGUUAAUAUAGGCAGUGGGCUGAAUAAUUUCCUAAACCCGCAUCAGCAUCACCAUAAUAACAAUACUCAUCAACAGCUGCAGCAGCAGCAACAACUGAAUCAUCAGAAUUUUCAACUGGCACAUGCAAAUCACCAAAAUUUAAUCAAUCCACGUAGAGGCUCAUUCCGUACUGCUUUCCAUCCUGGUAUGUCCCCACAGCAACAAACAUCAUACUUGCCAGACUUAGAAGCUGACUAUUGUAAAGAUUACAAUUGCUGUGGCGAAUUGUUGCCUACAUUGCAUGAUUUACUAAGACAUUAUGAAGAGGCACAUAUUCUGGCGUCUCCACCAAUUGAUACCACGCAACAUCUACUAAACACUAACCGCAAUCGUAACAACUAUAACAAUAUACACAAUGUGUUGGAAACAGUCUCAACUACUGAUGUUUUCCUCAAUACUCACCAAAAUCAAGGAGUUGAUAUAAGCAAGGGUUAUGAUGGUGGAAAUUAUCAAUUCAAUAGUGGUUCAGAAUCACAAUUACACCAAAAUCAACAACAAUUAGACCCACAACAUCAACAACAGCAACAACAACAACAACAAACGCAGCAACUACAGCAGCAACAGCAACAACAACAACAGCAACGGCAGCAGCAACAACAACAACAACAACAACUGCAACUGCAACUUCAACUACAGCAAAACCAACAACAAUCACAACUGCAGUUUGCCAAUGGUCAAUUUACAAACCAACAAUCUCCACUCAGUCCGUCAAACGGAGAAGGUACACCCAUGCAAACAGAUGAAGAUGAUAUCUACAUUGAUGAUCCAGCGCGUCAUUUAUACGUGAUGGAAAAUGAAGAAAACAGACCUUUCAAAUGCCCAGUCAUUGGUUGUGACAAGACAUACAAAAAUCAAAAUGGAUUGAAAUAUCAUCGCGCUCAUGGUCAUCAAGGACAAAGAUUACGUGAGAACCCCGAUGGAACGAUUUCCAUUAUCGAUCCUGAAUCGAAUAGUCCUUAUUUGGAUAAUUCAGCUUUGGAAAAGGAUAAACCGUAUCGUUGUGAAGUUUGUGGAAAGAGGUAUAAGAAUUUGAAUGGGUUGAAGUAUCAUCGUGGUCAUACUACACAUUAA